AUGAACAGUGGAGGAUGGAUCCUCUCUUUUAAGGUAGUAGGAGUAUUCUCCCUAGUCAACUCCACCGAAUCAUGGGGUGCUGCGCCUCGUCUCUCACGUACGAGCCUGGCUUGGAGAACGAUCAUCGGNCUCACGUACGAGCCUGGCUUGGAGAACGAUCAUCGGCACCACCACGGUCACCGUCUUUCCUCCUCCGUCAAUGGCAACACUUCUUCUGCCCGCGACGGAGGAAGUUUUGUGGAGUACUCACUGGCGGAGCUGAAAGCCGCCACCAACAACUUCAGCUCUGACAAAAUCGUAUCGGAGAGCGGGGAGAAGGCUCCCAAUGUGGUCUACGAAGGUCGCCUCCAGAACCGCCGCUGGAUCGCUGUGAAGAAAUUCACCAAAAUGGCCUGGCCUGAUCCUAAACAGUUCGCAGAGGAAGCUAGGGAAGUGGGGAAGCUGAGGCAUAAAAGGCUGGCCAAUUUAAUAGGUUAUUGUUGCGAUGGGGACGAGAGGCUUCUGGUGGCGGAAUUUAUGCCCAAUGAAACGCUUGCCAAGCAUUUAUUUCACUGGGAGAAUCAAACCCCUGAGUGGGCCAUGCGUUUAAGAGUAGCUCUUUUUAUCGCUGAAGCAUUAGAUUAUUGCAGCAGCGAGGAUCGCCCACUGUACCAUGACUUAAAUGCCUACAGGGUUCUCUUUGACGAGAAUGGUGAUCCACGGCUUUCUUGUUUUGGAUUAAUGAAGAAUAGCAGAGAUGGUAAAAGUUACAGCACAAAUCUUGCAUAUACACCUCCAGAGUAUCUAAGAAAUGGGAGGGUUACCCCAGAAAGUGUUGUUUUCAGCUUUGGGACUGUCCUUUUGGAUCUUCUAAGUGGGAAGCAUAUACCUCCAAGUCGUGCACUGGAUAUGAUACGUGGCAAAAAUAUUCUUCUUUUGAUGGAUUCCCAUUUGGAAGGGAACUUCUCGAGCGAAGAGGCAAAUGUAGUGUUUGAUCUUGCUUCACAAUGUUUGCAAUAUGAACCAAGAGAGCGACCAACAACCAAAGAUCUUGUUUCUACCCUAACCCCGCUGCAAAAUAAAUCCAAUGUUCAAUCUUAUGUGAUGCUGGGAAUUUCAAAGCAUGAAGAAGCACCAUCUACUCCACAACACCCUCUCUCUCCCAUGGGUGAUGCUUGUUCACGCAUGGAUCUCACUGCCAUCCAUCAAUACUUGGUGAUGCAACAUUAUAAAGAUGACGAAGGGUCCAAUGAGUUAUCUUUCCAAGAGUGGACCCAACAAAUGAGAGAUAUGUUGGAUGCAAGGAAACGUGGUGACUUGGCAUUCCGCGACAAAGAUUUCAAAACUGCUAUAGAUUGUUAUUCUCAGUUCGUAGAUGUGGGUGCCAUGAUUUCGCCAACUGUUCAUGCACGGCGAAGCCUUUGUUAUCUUAUGUGCGAUCAGGCAGAUGCAGCUCUCCGAGAUGCAAUGCAAGCACAAUUAGCCCUUGCAAAGCUCGACAUGCACAAGGACGCCGCUGAUAUGUUGAGUGAGGCAGUCACGCUGGAAGAAAAGAAGCAAAAAGUCGUUAAAGCAUCAUGA